GGCGGGAGCAGGAGUAGCCGCCAGUCGCCCGUGGAGUGCGCAGGCGCUUGGCGGUUACCGGUCUCGCCAUGGAGCGGAAAGUGCUUGCGCUCCAGGCCCGAAAGAAACGGACCAAGGCCAAGAAGGACAAAGCCCAAAAGAAACCUGAAACUCAGCACCGAGGCCCUGUCUCCCAUUCUGAGAAUGAUCUCCCAGAACAAGAGGAAGAAAUCCUGGGAUCAGAUGAUGAUGAACAAGAGGAUCCUAAUGAUUAUUGUAAAGGAGGUUAUCAUCUUGUGAAAAUUGGAGACCUGUUCAAUGGCAGAUACCAUGUGAUCCGAAAACUGGGUUGGGGACAUUUUUCAACUGUAUGGCUAUCAUGGGACAUUCAGGGAAAGAAGUUUGUAGCAAUGAAAGUAGUAAAGAGUGCUGAACAUUACACUGAAACAGCCCUGGAUGAAAUCAGGCUGCUUAAAUCCGUUCGUAAUACAGAUCCCACUGAUCCAAAUAGAGAGAUGGUCGUUCAACUUUUGGAUGACUUCAAAAUCUCAGGAGUGAAUGGAACCCAUAUCUGUAUGGUAUUUGAAGUUUUGGGCCAUCACCUACUCAAGUGGAUUAUCAAGUCAAAUUAUCAAGGACUUCCACUUCCAUGUGUCAAAAAAAUCAUCCAACAAGUUCUGCAGGGACUGGAUUAUCUACAUACCAAGUGCCGUAUUAUACACACUGACAUCAAACCAGAAAACAUUCUUCUUUCUGUAAAUGAGCAAUAUAUCCGAAGGCUGGCUGCAGAAGCAACAGAAUGGCAGAGAUCUGGGGCUCCCCCACCUUCUGGCUCUGCAGUCAGUACUGCUCCCCAACCUAAACCAGCAGACAAAAUGUCCAAGAAUAAAAAGAAGAAAUUGAAAAAGAAGCAGAAACGCCAAGCUGAGCUACUGGAGAAACGAAUGCAAGAAAUAGAGGAAAUGGAAAAAGAAUCAAGCCCUGGACAGAAACAGCCAGGAAAACAGAAACAAGCUGAGAGUCCUAUUGAGAGAGUCUUGCUAGAGAACCCUUUAAGUACAGAAAACCAAGAAAAACUUGAAGAGGAAAAUGUCAUUGAACAUGAGCAGACCCUUAUAAUGGAAGGCAAUCCUGAGAGUGUUUCAACAGAAAUCAAUUGCAAUGGAGUGGUUGGAAUUGCUAAUUAUGUCGAAUGCAAUAAUGAAGAGUCAUUGAGGCUUAAGGAAGACCAUCAUAAUGCCAAUGAAUGUGAUACCCAACCUUUGAAAGAGGAAGAAGUUAGCUUCCCAAGCUCCCAAAAUGGAGAGAGUGGUGCAUCUCAAGAAAUAGCAGACUCUUGUACAGCUUUAAGUUCUGGGGUAUCAGACACUAUGUUAUAUCAGCCAUCUUCAAGUGAACACUCAGUAGAGCAAUCAUUCAAUGAGCAGGAGAUCAGCCAGCUGCAAGAGAGCAUCCGGGCAGAGAUACCCUCUGAAGAUGAAAACGAAAAUAAUGGACCAUUGGAUAACAAAGGAAAAUCUUCUGCUGGGAAUUUUCUUCUUAAUCCCCUUGAACCCAAAAAUGCAGAAAAACUCAAAGUGAAGAUUGCUGAUCUCGGGAAUGCGUGCUGGGUGCAUAAACAUUUCACUGAAGAUAUUCAGACAAGGCAGUAUCGAUCCCUGGAAGUACUCAUAGGAUCUGGUUAUAAUACUCCUGCUGACAUUUGGAGCACAGCAUGUAUGGCCUUUGAAUUAGCCACUGGAGACUAUCUGUUUGAACCUCAUUCAGGAGAAGAGUACACUCGAGAUGAAGAUCACAUUGCAUUGAUCAUAGAACUGCUGGGGAAGGUGCCUCGCAAGCUCAUUGUGGCGGGAAAAUAUUCCAAGGAGUUUUUCACCAAAAAAGGUGACCUAAAACACAUAACUAAACUGAAGCCUUGGGGCCUUUUUGAAGUUCUAGUGGAGAAGUAUGAGUGGUCUCAAGAAGAAGCAGCAGGCUUCACAGAUUUCUUAUUGCCAAUGUUGGAGCUGAUUCCCGAGAAACGAGCCACAGCAGCAGAGUGUCUCAGGCACCCCUGGCUUAACUCCUAAAGUCACUGACCCAACACCGUAAUCCUCUGGACUCUGGUUUGCAGCAGAGAUUAUACACUGACCUAGCUGUUCCAGAUUCUCUCCUUCCUUC